CACACACACACACACAAUGCAUUUUCAAGUUCUCCUUUUCUCAUGGAAAACCCCACCGUAGCUAGGUGGUAGCGUACCAUGUGCUAAUGCUAAUGUUAGCGUUGGUGAUUCACAGUACCAGUAAACUACUGCUCUUUCCAUUAGUUUAGUGUUCAACCUGUAUUUAUUAGCUUUGUCAGUUGGGAACCAAUUCUCAUGAACAAUAUCCUGUGGGCUUUUAGGUGUAGGUCUAAAGGACCCCAUACUGUCACUUCCUGUUUGAUUAAACAGUACAGGCUUCUCCAGCUCCAGUCCUGGAGAGCUCUUGUUCCUGCCUCCACAACGCAGCAGGUGUAAUACUGUUGGGCUGGAAUGAAACCCUGCACACACAGCAGGUGUAUUACUGUUGGGCUGGAAUGAAACCCUGCACACACAGCAGGUGUAUUACUGUUGGGCUGGAAUGAAACCCUGCACACACAGCAGGUGUAUUAUUGUUGGGCUGGAAUGAAACCCUGCACACACAGCAGGUGUAUUACUUUUGGGUUGGAUUGAGUGUUGUAGUUUGCUGUGUGUGGUCGUCAUCAUGUAGGCUGCUUUCUGUAGUGGACAUUUACAAUGUUACCGCUGCUUUGUUAGUACAGUGACAGAGUACAGGGACAGAGGUCAAAGUCCAACACCUACUUUACUCCUGUUGCAAAACCGUGUGUGUGUGGCCGUGUGUGUGUGAGUACACUCGUUCGUGUGUGCGUGCGUACGUGUGUCUGUUCUGUGUGCGUGUGUGUCUGUAUAUGUUCUGUGUGUGUGUGUGUGUGUGAGUUGUUUUUGGCUAUUUUAACCUGUCCCUCUAUGUGUGUGUGUUGUGUGUGGGUUGUUUUUGGCUAUUUUAACCUGUCCCUCUAUGUGUGUGUGUUGUGUGUGGGUUGUUUUUGGCUAUUUUAACCUGUCCCUCUAUGUGUGUGUGUUGUGUGUGGGUUGUUUUUGGCUAUUUUAACCUGUCCCUCUAUGUGUGUGUGUUGUGUGUGGGUUGCAGGGCCGUGCCGAAGUUUAUGAAGCGGAUCAAGGUGCGGGACUACAAAGACCGAAAUGUGUUUGGAGUGCCUCUGCUGCUUAACGUCCAGCGUACGGGUCAGCCCCUGCCCCAGAGCAUUCAACAGGCCAUGCGCUACCUACGCAGCCAAUGUCUAGACCAGGUGGGUCUCUUCAGGAAGUCGGGGGUUAAAUCACGUAUUCAGGCACUACGUCAGAUGAAUGAAACAUGCGGCGCCGACGGAGGCGGAGUCAGUUACGAGGGCCAAUCGGCUUACGACGUGGCCGACAUGCUGAAGCAGUAUUUCCGGGACCUGCCAGAACCGCUGCUCACCAGCAAACUGUCUGAGACCUUCCUGCAGAUCUACCAAUACAUGCCCAAGGAGCUGCGUCUUCAGGGUACGCGAGCGGCCGUGCUGCUGCUGCCGGACGAGAGCCGCGAGGCGCUGCAGACCCUCCUGUGCCUGCUGAGUGACGUCACCGCCGCCGUGGCAGAGAACCAGAUGACCUGCGCCAACCUGGCCGUCUGCCUGGCGCCUUCGCUCUUCCACCUUAACACGCUGAGACGCAAGGAGAGCUCCUCGCCACGGGGGAUGAACAGGAAGCAGCCGCUGGGGAAACCCGACCAGAGGGACCUCAACGAGAACCUGGCCGCCACCACCGGCCUGGCACACAUGAUCCAGGAGUGCAGGAAGCUCUUCAGGAUCCCAGAAGAGAUGAGUCGCUGCAGAAACUCGUACCAGGAGCAGGCCCUGAUCCCCCUGAAGCUGGAGGAGCUCGGGGGUUCCUCUGGGGGUGACGGCGGUGCUGGCGGCCCCAUGGAAUGCAGGACCUACCUCCAGGACAGCCUGGACGCCCUCCUCAAAGAGGCCAAGGACAAGUUCAAAGGUUACGACAGCUGCUCCACGCCUGAACUCGCCGAGCUGGCGUACAAGAAGGUCCACGACGGCUCGCCGCUGCGCCUGUGGAAGGCGUCCGUGGAGGUGCCUGCGGGUCCUGAGGAGGUGUUGACGCGGGUCCUCCGGGAGCAGGGCCGCUGGGACGAGGACCUGAUGGAGAGCCGUGUGGUGGAGACGCUAGGCGAUCGCACAGAGGUGUACCAGUACACCAGGAACACCAUGGCCCCCCACCCCACCAGAGACCACCUCGUGCUCAGGACGUGGGUGACAGACCUACCUAAGGGAGCGUGUGCGUUGGUGUGUACCUCAGUGGACCAUGACGGAGCAGCGUUACUGGGCGUGCGGGCCAAUGUGCUCACUUCACGCUACUUCAUCGAGCCAUGCAGCAGCAACAAGUCCCGCCUCACACACAUCUCCAGGGUCGACUGCAGGGGUCGGUUCCCAGAGUGGUACAAUAAACUGUAUGGACACCUGUGUGCCAGUGAGGUGGUGCGGAUACGCCAGUCCUUCACCAGCCAGAUGGAUAAGUGAGGGCCAGGCAGCUCCACUUGACUUGGAGACCAAAGUCACAAGAAGGGGCGACACCGUGGAACCCGAAAGACUCUCUAUCCACCCCCACCUCACCCCCUAAUUCGCUACAGCCCUGAUGCUGGUUGGGGUUGACUGGGGAGGACAACCCAUUGACUCAUUUGAUUCAGGCUGUUGACAGACAUACCAUUGUGUCCUGGACAGAGAGACUUUGAACAGACUUUUUCGUCAUCCGUAGACUGUCAUCUACGACCAGGUGGUGUUACUGCCUCCGAGGGGUCAUGCAAGGACUGGAACGGACGUGGACCCUCAAAGUUCUUUCAGAGUUGUGUUAUGGUUCUUGUGCCAGGUGGUGCGUUGCGGGCGGCACGACCAAAGUAAAUGUGUCUGAAAUGGAAGUAUGGUGUCACUCCUCCAACAAGCGUAAUACCUUUACAGAGAGGAUGUGGCAUCACCGUCACAGGAUGUGAUGUCACGGAUUAGUAAAAAGAGAAUCUAUAGGGGAGGGGGAGCUUCUGAGAAGAGUGGUUAGUUUGUGUGUGUGUGUGUGUGAUGAAUGGUUGAUUAAUUAGACAUAUUUCAUGCACUGGCUCCCAGCUGCAAUAUAGUGUGUAUAUACUAUAUCCUGCAUCUGUUCAUGUUGCUUUUUCCUGUUUCCUCUCUCUGUGUGUGUGUGUGUGUGUGUGUGUGUGUGUGUGUGUGUGUGUGUGUGUGUGUGUGUGUGUGUGUGUGUGUGUGUGUGUGUGUGUGUGUACUCGUGCACAAGUGUUUUUAUCCUGUUACAGCAAUGUCCACAACAUUGUUUUCAGGAAGAUACUGUAUUAUUCGACGGAUGGAGGAUGGAUGGAUGGAUAAUAUGGGCUAACAGUUGUGUGAAUGUAUUGAAAAUAUGCAAUAUCUGAGUUUGUAUUGAUAAGUGGGGUAUGGUGAGUUGAUAUUUGGUUAAGUGACAUUAGGGAAAGCUAGUAUAGAGUGGGUUUAAAGGAUGGAACAGACGCAAAAUGGUGGCUGGAACACCAAUUGGUUGAGAGGGUUAAAUUCGCCCCAAAAACUAAAAUGGAGACUUAGAUUCUGAUGGACCAAGCUUAAAGAAAGCAGACAGUCACAGAGCAUUUUGAUUGAUUCCACUGCUUAAAAGAGCACCGAGAAUACACAACAAUCAACAGGGCUAGGAUUCCAAAAUGGCCGCCAUUUGUAGGCUAAACAUCGAUGAAAGAAACAAUUCCGGUUAUUACUUUUGUAGUAAGAUGUACACAAGAGCAGUCAAGAUAGUCUUCUGCUUCACAACAACAAAAAACCCGGGGCGAAAGAAAAACAGAAAAGAAGAGAAGAAAUGAAUAGAAAACAAAGAAAAGAGAUGGUCCUUUUAUAAAGGUGUGGAAUUUUACAGGUUUUACUGUAAAUGGAGGAGGAGAAAGUGCAGAGAAUGUUUGUCUGGUUUAAAGAAGGAAAAAAUUAUCUAUAUGUGCAGGUUUCUUUUCUGUAUGUGCGUCUGUCUGUCUGUCUGUGUUACCUUAAAUGAAGUAUAAGACUAAUAGUAACCAAGUACACCUUCAUCCGGGCCGGAUUUGGGCCCCGUGUUAAAACCUAUACGUUCUCUGUUCAGUGUAGGACUCAUUUGCUAAGCGUUGUGUUGUAUUGUUAAACGUGUGUGUACAUUAUUUGUUUGCCGUCAAAAAUGAGUAACGCAUGACAAUGACAGUUAAUUUAAAGCCUCAUUAUAUUUAUACCUCAGAUAUGUUUUUUUGUACCAUGUUUAUUUUAUUGUAAAUGUUACGCUUAAUUAAGUUACAGAAAUGAGAAAUGUGUUUUAUAUUUUGUAUUAUUAAUAUUAUUUCUGUACAGAUUAAUCACAGUCACGUGCACUAUUAAAUGUAUUCAACAAAG